CGGGGCGGUGCGCACCUGGCUGCCGCCGAGCGGAAGGCGCCGCCGCAGCCUCCGUGCGCCGUGGGCGGCCUCCGGCCGGGACGGACACCGCGCUUCCCUCCGCCGGCAGCCGCUCGCCUGGACGGCCCUUCUCCCUCCGAACCGGGUAUUUUCUUUUCAAGAUAUGCUGUAAAAUAGUAUUAAAGAACAUCAUUCAGAGAAGCUUUUGUUUUGUGAUAAACUUUUAGAACUAGAAUGGCUUUGAAAAUAAUGCCUAAAAUAUUCAAGAAAUUAUUUUUUCACUGGAAACUUUGGAAAUUUAGCAUUAUUGUGUUUGUCUUUAUAGUAUUUUUAUUUUUACUGCAACGAGAAGUUGGUGUCCAAGAUUUUAGAGAUGAAGGAGGGAUUGAGCCAGUUGUCAGAAAGAAGAGUCAUGUAUUAGGUCUUGUGCUAAAUGCUAUGAACAAUGUCAAUGGUGCAAAGCCAAAAAUGCAGAUAAAAGCACCUGUAAGGCAAACUAAGGUUCCUGGAGACAGACACUGUUUGCCAGGACACUACACUACGAUGGAACUGAAACCCUUUCUAGAUCGACCCCUUCAAGAUCCUAAUGCUCCUGGAGCUUCUGGUAAAGCAUUUAAAACCAUCAACCUAAAUCCAGAAGAGCAGAAAGAAAAAGAGCGUGGAGAAGAAAAACACUGUUUCAAUGCGUUUGCAAGUGAUAGGAUUUCGUUACACCGGGAUCUUGGACCGGACACUCGACCUCCUGAAUGCAUUGAACAAAAGUUCAAGCGUUGCCCACCGUUGCCAACCACGAGUGUUAUAAUAGUUUUUCAUAAUGAAGCAUGGUCCACUCUGCUCAGAACUGUUCACAGCGUGAUGUACACUUCUCCUGCCAUACUGCUAAAGGAAAUUAUUUUGGUGGAUGAUGCCAGUGUUGAUGAAUACUUGCAUGAUAAACUUGAUGAGUACGUGAAGCAAUUUCAGAUUGUUAAAGUAGUCCGUCAAAGGGAAAGGAAAGGUCUGAUCACUGCACGGUUGUUGGGAGCUUCAGUAGCAACAGGAGAGACCCUCACCUUUCUGGAUGCUCACUGUGAAUGCUUCUAUGGCUGGUUAGAACCAUUGUUGGCAAGAAUAGCUGAGAACUCUGUUGCUGUUGUAAGCCCUGAUAUUGCAUCUAUAGAUCUCAAUACUUUUGAAUUUAGUAAGCCAUCUCCUUAUGGGCAUAACCACAAUAGAGGAAAUUUUGACUGGAGUUUGUCAUUUGGAUGGGAGUCUCUUCCUAAAUAUGAAAAUAAAAGAAGAAAAGAUGAAACCUAUCCAAUCAGGACACCUACUUUUGCUGGAGGUCUCUUUUCAAUAUCAAAGAAGUAUUUUGAACACAUUGGAAGUUAUGAUGAUGAAAUGGAAAUAUGGGGAGGUGAAAAUAUAGAAAUGUCUUUCAGAGUAUGGCAAUGUGGUGGACAGUUGGAGAUCAUGCCUUGCUCUGUUGUUGGCCAUGUCUUUCGCAGCAAGAGUCCCCAUACUUUCCCAAAAGGUACUCAAGUAAUCACACGUAAUCAAGUCCGCCUCGCAGAAGUCUGGAUGGAUGAAUAUAAAGAAAUUUUUUACCGAAGAAACACAGAGGCAGCAAAAAUUGUGAAACAAAAAACAUUUGGAGACAUCUCAAAACGACUCGACUUAAGGCAACGUUUGCAGUGUAAAAAUUUUACCUGGUAUCUGAAUAAUGUUUAUCCAGAAGUAUAUGUUCCAGACCUAAAUCCUUUGUUUUCUGGAUAUCUAAAAAAUGUAGGUAACCACAUGUGUCUGGAUGUUGGUGAAAACAACCAUGGUGGCAAACCAUUGAUUAUGUAUUCUUGUCAUGGACUUGGAGGAAAUCAGUACUUUGAGUAUUCUGCACACCAUGAAAUUCGUCAUAACAUUCAGAAGGAGCUUUGUCUGCAUGCUUCUAAAGGACCUGUGCAGCUUCGUGAAUGUAGCUACAAAGGCCAGAAAAUCUUUGCCUUUGGAGAAGAGCAAUGGCAGCAUCAAAAGGAUCAAACUCUGUACAGUGCAGCACUACAUAUGUGCCUUACAGGAAAUGGAGAGCAUCCCAGUUUGGUUUCCUGCAACCCAUCAGACCCCUUCCAGAAGUGGAUCUUUGGCCACAACAAUUAAGAUUUGCUAUCUAUAGACAGGAGCAUUUUAUUAAAAGAGCAGUUCCAUUUCUAAACAGAGACCAUAUAUGUAUACUGUGUUUUAAAGGAAUGUAUACUUCAAAUGCAAAAUUUUUCUUCCUUUUCUUUACUGUGUGAAUUGGAUAUAAAAUGUGUAGUCAGAGAUUCCCUAGGAGUCUGUUACACCAAAGAAUGUUUGAGGUCCCAAUUAAAGAUAAUGUUUACAAUAUUUGCAUGAUAAGACUGUGUGUUAACCAUUGAUUCAUAGAUCCUGUAGUCCCUUUUCACCUUGGGGACCAUGUGUAUAUUGCUUUACCGCAUAUUGUAAGUAUUUCUGAAGACAACUGGUUUACUUUGUAGAGUUACAAGGAAGUAUCGUAUGCCAUCUGAAAGCCAAAAGGCUGUGUGUGUGUGUGUGUGUUCAUGCUCAAUUGGUUGACUUUAUGUAAUUUUUUAAAAAGUUGUUUAUUUCACUAAGUGAAACUUUGCUCACUACUUUUUUUUUAAACUCCCUCAUUUGAAAAAGAACCAAAGAGGCUACCAUACCGUGCUGUUGUGCCUCUAGCAAAGCAACCCUUUUGUUGUAGAAGAAAAAAUAAUUCUCACUGAAAUAUGUUAUUUAUAUGGAAUUAUUUAAAUGGAAAACCUGCCUACUCUGAUAUUAAUCUCCUUUUGUUUAGCCAAAAUUGUACUUUUUUUAAUGAUGUCAUGAAGUUUAAAAUUCAUGGCAGUUACACUUAGACAUUUUCAGCUUUUUGUUACUGCUUUUAAAUUACUAACAUGUUUUCUUUUCAGCUUUUAGUGAUUUAUACAGUGUUUACCUAAUAUGUUUCUAAUAUUAUUUGUACAUAAUUUACUGUGCAAACACCUAAAUAUGGAUAUUUUUUUUAAAUUUAUUUUUUGAUGUUUCCUCUUUUUUUGAAGGACUGACUUCAGUUUUAACAGUGAGAAGUUGACUUUCCAAACUGCUUUGCUAGCAAUUUUAAUGAAAUAGUGUAUUCUUUAAGGAACCAAAAAUGUACUUCAGUAGAUAAUGUAGAGCUAUGACUUCCGAAAUAGGCUUCCUCUGAUUAUUUUAAUAAUAUUUAUUUCUUUGGUUCUUUUACUGGAUGCACACUUGCUAAGCACUACUCUGUUAGCCUUCAUUGCAGUUGCCAAUCAUGCCCAUUUUCUGACUGUGAGUAUUUCAGGCCUUCUUUAGUGAAAGUAACUCUGUACAAAAAUGUCCUUCUAAGGAACAGAGAUUUACUCUCACUUAGAAAUGUUUACUUCAGGGUAUGAAUGUGAGAUUAAUGAUCACCCCAACUUAAAGCAUGUAAGAUCAUGUAAAAAUUGCACUUUAACAAGGUAAACUAUUUUGUAAUAAACUUUAUACUCUGAUUUGGAGAACACUUAGCUGGUUGAUUUGAAUUGCAAAGAUUUUAAAGUAACCUUUAAUUUGCAUGUUUUAUGAUGUGGGGGAAAAUUCUAUAAAACUAAAAUAAUAAAUUUGUAGUAAGGCAGCAGCAGAAUAAAUAUGAGGGAAAUACUUAAAUGUAAUCUGAAAGUGCCAGUGUUGUUACUUAGUAGGUAUGGGAAGCAUCAAAGGUAGAAAGGUUCUUAGGUUUUGCAGCUUAUCAAAAGAAUUGCAUUGAACAGCUGUAUUCAGAUGGAAGAAAAUAGUAGGUUUAAUAGCAACCAGCUUGUUUUUUAAUAAUGAACUCUUUAAUGAUGUGAAUCACAAGAAACGUGCACAUAAGAAAGUGAAACAAAUGAUCAGACCUAUUAAUAUAAUAUUUUCAGAAGUACUUAGUAUUUCCCUCCAGAACUACACUGAUAAGGCAAGGGAGAUUAAGGAAAAGAUCAUGGUUGCUGCAGGGGAAAGAAAAGUAUUUGGCUGCUAGAUAAAUAUAGAGCUGAGACUAAUAAUAAAGGAGGGAAUAUUAAGUAGGACAAAAUGCAUACAUUUCAGAUUUUUUUCUGGUAAAUAACAAAUAUCAUUAAGGAGAAAUGCUUAUUUAUCUGUAGGAUCUGGUUAAUGGAUGGAUAUGGUGUGGUGUUAUUGUUUUCUAGUGGGGGAAAGGAAGCCUGCUUUUGCUUAAUUUCAGAAUAUUGGAAAAAUGAGUUCAACGUUUGAAGAAACAUAAGAAGAAAUUGCUUUUCUCCUGAAGGUUUACAACAGAAAACAGUUGGGGAUUAUUGAGCAGCUGACUAAUGACUGUUUUUAACUAUGUCUAAUUUCUUGAGCAAAAGGAAUUAGCAGAUCUGUAAACAGCAGUGGAAGGCACCAAGUACAUUUUUUCUUCUAUUCCGUGUUAAGAUCUGAAAUCAAGUAUCGUGUCUAUGUUAAGCAUUGCACUUCCAAAUGUGUGUGUGUGUAUGUGUGUGUGUGUACAUAUGGAUAUCGUACAAUUUCAUAAGAGCAAUUAAAGAUCUGUUGUAAUGUGUUUGGAGAUACAGAUUUUUUUUAAAUUAAUUACAACUUUUUGAAAUUACAUGUUUUUAAAAAGUAGUAACAAAGCACUAGUAAAACAUAAAAUAAAAUAAUGCAUUUAUGAAUUAUUGUACAUCAUCUCUGUCCUUUUUCAGCUCUGGCCUUCAAUCUUUCCUGAGAAGUUAAAUUUCUUUGCCUUUCUUUUUUCAGGGGUCAGAAGCAGAUGUUCUCAUUGGUGUAAUUUAUUACAUCGACAUCUUUCUCAAGAAAGGAGCUGCAGCUGUUGAAGAAGGCUUGAUUUCAGGCACAGACAACUCAGGCUUACUCCUGGCA